UAUGACAACAACAAUAACAAAACCUGAAAGAUUUUUAAAGAUAAUUAAUGAAGAUAAUAGCAUAGAGGCAGAUGGUAUGGAUAGCUAUAAUUCUAACAUAGAACCUCAAGGUUAUGAAGAUGAAGGUCCACCGUCCUAUGGGACAACGCAAAGGCAAGAACAAGAAAGGAAUCUAGCUCAAUUAGCCGCUUCAAACCGAGAAAGAACGCUUUCAACAAGAACGAAUGAACCAGCUAACAACACUGAACCAGCCAACAUUGAACUUACGCAUAGGCAUGGAGCUGGAAAAGUUACUGAAUUAUCCAUCAAUAACGGUGGUGGAGGUAUAAACCUUAUUGUUGGAAACCAUAAUGCAGUGAAUAUUGGCAGCAGUGGCAGCAGCAGUGUUUCCCAGUCACCUCCUUCAAAGCAAUCAUUAUCACCUCCAGAAAUAACUGACAGUGAAGAGAUGGUUUCUGUAGGAAUGGGACAAUAUGUAUCUUCUAAUUUAGGUUCUUUAUGGAAGAGAGUGGGGAGAAUUUUAGGUCUGACAGAUGCAGAUUUGGAUUAUAUUGACUUAGAUAACCUAAUAGCCUCCGAAAAAGCUUAUGACAUGAUACGAAAGUGGCGUCAAUCUCGGGGCAGAGAAGCUUCUUAUAAGGCUUUGGCAAUGGCACUUGUUAACGCCGACCCUCGAUUAUACGAUUUGGCAGCUAGCGUUAGCCCAAACGGAAUAUCUGUUUGA